UUAUCAUUAAUGACCCUCUUUUUAGACCGGAAAAGCAAUUCGAUAUUUUAUUUUUUGCUUCAGCUUCUUGUUUUUUCUUGAGGUGAUAAUAUGGCGAAGGAAAACCGUGUUAAUAUUGAGAAAGUUUUGGAGGUGUUCAAUGAACUAGAACAGAAAGUUACAGAAGUUCACAACAAAAACACUGCUUUAGAGGUCACGCUUGAAGAUGCCAAUAGACACCUGAAAUUUCACAAGACCAAGGAGAAAAGCUUGAUUGAAGAGCGUGACAGUCUUCUGGCCACAGUGAACUGUCUGCAGCAGACUCUGCAGGAGCAGAUGAACCUCAGAGUGGAGAAUGACAGCCUGAAGAGCGGCAUGAUGGAACUAAAACAACAGAAUGAGAGGACAGCACAGGCUGGAGAGGCUGAGGUUCAGCGAUUGGUUGGUGAAAUGAGAGCAGAAGUAGAGAAACACCAGAGGGAGCUAGAGGCUGUGAGGCAGCUGUGCAAGAGCGAGCUGGAGGACGCUCAGAGGGAGGCUUUCAAUCAGAUGGAAACUAAAGAUGCUGAGGUAAAGAAUCUUCUGGAGAAGAAGGAAUUAGAACUGGAGGAAAUGAGGAAGAAGCUGAAGGAGCAGGAGAGGGAGAAGCAGAGCGAGCUCCUCAAGCUACAGAUGGAGUUUGGUGCUAAGUUAGCCAGAGUUCAGAGUACAGCUCAGUUGAGCCAACAGCAGCAACAGCAACAGCACGGCUCCAACCUUCUUCCUCAGAGUGUCUUCAAGAGGAAGCUUCAGUUCUUCCAGGAGGAGAAGAACAGAGAGAUUGAGGCCUUGCGUCAGAGAAUCAAAGAGCUGGAAGAGAACCAGCGUGCCGGAGGCCACAGUGUUAACUCUCUAAAGAGGAGAAAGGUCCAGUUUGUUUAGAUGCUAACGAGCGUCUGACCCGCUUGUUCUGCAGGGGCGUGAGUCAUAUGAUCUUUCAGCAAGAAAGACUCAAGUGUUGUGACAUUUCUGCAUUUUCAUUGUAGUUCUGUUUUGAUGCAAUUCCUUGGAUGUGUUGACUGAUGUUACAGAGUUUAUAGCACUCAGGCUUUGUUUAAUACAGACUCAUGUUCAGAUCUGCAGCCUCAUCACGGCUUGCAGGUGACCGGUGUGCAGAGAGCACAUUCUGAACACAUGCUGCAGACCGGUGUAAGGCUUUAAUCCAAUCAGAGGCCGACAUGGGAGUGACAGAGGGCGGGG